AUGGUUAAGGCACGCACCGUGAUAAGGGAUGACAGUUUUUGGGAGGGCGUGGAGAGGGUCGUGUGUGUCGUGAAGCCGAUUUACACUCUCUUGAGAGCAGUCGACGGGAACCAGGAGAUUAUGGGGAAGAUUUAUGAUAUGAUGCUGGAUUUAGAGGAGUCGAUGAAGGGGGCAUGCAGCUGCCUACGGUCUAAGGAGAGCAAGUGGAUUUUGGGAGCCGUGCGUCGGCGUUGGAACAAGAACAUCAACUGCGCCUUACACGUGGCGGGUCACAUUUUGUAUCCGCCAAAUCAAUAUGAGAAGAUCUUUGGCGGCGAUAGCGAGUGCUCUAGAAUCUUCAAGCAAUUCAUUCGGGACUACUACAAGGGGGAAUAUGUGGUGGAUAGUGAUGGGACAAAGUUUCCGAUGGCGACCAUUGUUGAGAAGGAGGUGCUGAUUUAUGUGAAAGGAGAAGGCUUCAUCGAGCAUGAGAAGCGACUCUUCAAGCCUGGCCAUGAGUCAAUUCAAAUUGAGGAGCAGCAGCGGGAUUCAUAUGAACCGCUUGAUGAUGACGACAUCCCCGACGAGGCAUACUUCGAAGAGCAGGAGAAGGGGGAGGAAGGGGAGGAGGACGGGGAGGGGGAGGAGGAGGGGGAAGGGGGGGAGGAGGAGGAGGGGGAGGGGGAGGAGGAGGAGGGGGAGGGGGAGGAGGAGGAGGAGGAGGAGGAGGAGGCCGAGGAGGAGGAAGAGGAGGAGGAGGGGGGGGGAAGGGGAGGAGGAAGAGGAGGGGGGGGAAGGGGAGGAGGAGGAGGAGGAGGAGGAGGAGGAGGAGGAGGAGGAGGAGGAGGAGGAGGAGGAGGAGGAGGAGGAGGAGGAGGAGGAGGAGGAGUAGAGAUGGUGUGCUGGCUCUAA